UUUAUAUAGGACACCUUCCUUUUAUCAACAAGAGCACCAUAUAGUUUUCCAAGCUAGCAACAAUGGCUUCCAUCAAUCCUUUCUCGAUCGUUUUGAUCUUCUCCCUCCUCUUUUUCGUCACGUUCACUCAUGGAUGUGGCACAUGCAUACCGGCGACAUCCUUCUGCCCUAGGGACACGUUGAAGCUUGGCGCCUGUGUUGAUCUCCUCGGACUUGUUAACGUUGUUGUUGGGACCCUGCCAUCGGACAAAUGUUGUGCUGUUCUAGCAGGGCUGGCUGACUUGGAAGUUGCAGCUUGUCUUUGUACUGCCAUUAAGGCUAAUGUGCUUGGAAUUAACUUGAAUGUGCCAGUUGCACUGAGUGUGCUGGUCAGUGCUUGUGGCAAUACCAUUCCUCCAGGCUUCAAGUGUGCAUAGAUCAAGAUUUCAAUUUCAAGCCCUCAUUUGGUUGUGUUUUCUUAAUCAACUUGGUAUGUAGCGUUCGUUACACUGCACGGGGAUAGGAUUAAAGAGAAAGUUAAGUUAAAAUCUUAUCCGAAAAGCAUUGUUUAGUACUAUCUAUCAAACGUGUCCUUGGUGUGUGAAGCAAAUGUUGUUUUUUCUUUUUUUAGCUGGUGGCAUUAUUGUGCUUUUUGCUUUAUUAUGUGUUCUAUCCUCAGUUGGAAUUGUUAUUAAUUUCUUUGUAAGAUUAUGUGUUUGGCCUAAAAAAAAGGCUGGUUUAAAGACUUUUGUCAUUGUUAUUUGUCA